CCAUCCCGGCUGCCCUCGCUACCCUUAGUCAAGACAGCUCCAGACCUACAAGCUUCUUCCCUUCUUCUCUCCGUCUAGCAAUCUAUUUGAUAAAAACCACCCACAUCUCUUCUCUCCCGCAUUACCCGACAAUCCAUCACAAUGUCGCAGUCUCUUACUCCCGAAGUUCUCUGGGCCCAGCGCUCGUCGAGCAGCGACCCCGCCAAGAACCACGUCUUCCUGACCAUUAGCGCGUCCGACGUGCCCAAGGAGCAGUUGAAGCUCGACCUGCAGCCCACCAAGCUCACGUUCGAGGGCCACUCGUCCGUCAAGAAGGUCACGUACCACGUCGAGCUGGAGUUCUUCGCCGAGAUCGUGCCCGAGGAGAGCAAGAUCAGCCACACGGGCAAGAACGUCGAGCUGGUCCUGCGCAAGAAGGAGCUCAAGGAGGAGUACUGGCCGCGUCUGCUGAAGGAGAGCAAGCGCCUGCACUUCCUCAAGACCGACUUUGACAAGGUGAGUUGAGUUGAGUUGAGUUGAGUUGAGCCCCGCCGUGUGCCGCGCCGCGCACUCUCAACAAUCCAUCCCACCAACGAGAUCCCCGAAAAAAAGAAAAAAGGCACACAAAAUCAAAAAAUAAGAAAAUCAAAAAAAUAAAAAUAAGUAAUCGUUCAAGAGCCAUGAUCGCUAACGGC